UUUUCAUGUUCAACGUUUUGUGUAAAUUUUUUAUCAACAGCGCUGGUUACACUCGCGUUCGCUGGCUCCAUAGGAAUGACAUUUGUUAUUCUGGCAUGUGCACUUCCGUCCUAUCAAGUAUGGUGGCCGCUAUUUGUAGUAUUAUUUUAUGUACUUGCACCUAUUCCAACGCUCAUGGCACGCCGUUACACAGACGAUUCGGGUAGUAAUAGUAAUCCAUGUUUGGAACUUGCUAUUUUUAUUACUAUGGGCAUCGUUGUAUCGUCAUUUGCAUUACCAAUUGUUUUAGCACGUUCACCAGCUGACAAAGGAACCAUUGAAUGGGGUGCCUGCUGGCUCACACUUGCCGGAAACUUUGUAGUUUAUUUAACAUUACUUGGUUUCUUUAUAACAUUUGACCAAGACGAUGCUGAUUAUAGUAUGUGGUGA